CAGGCCUUACUUGGGCUUCAUUCUCUUUGCUACAGGCCAAACCUUGGGCCCCAGCCUUUCCCGGUCUGUUUUUAUUUGUCUCAAACGUCACAAAUUUCCCCUUCUAAAUGUUUCCGCGUCAAACAAGGACACUCCAUUUUCUCGUCCCACAGUUCGUUUCCUAGCUGUUCCCUACUUCUGGUCAAUUUGCUUCCAGAGCUCAACAAUGGCUGAAUCAAAGAUCGCUUCUUUCUCCAGCGUAAGUUCGUCUUCCCCGAACCCACAAAGUUUUCCCCAGAAACCUACCAUUUCUCUCUCUCGUUCCGAAUACAAUUGUGUCAUCGGAAUUAGACUGAAAACCCUAGCGAGCAUCUCUGGGUAUUGGGGGUUCUGCAGCAUUUCCUGUGUAGUUUCAGAGUUCUCUGAAAUCUGGGAAUUCUUCGAAUAUGGUAGUCAGUUUCGACCACUGUGGCGGAUAUCAGCGAUCAGAGCUCGACUUCCGGAAUUCUGGUGUGCUGAGCACUAAGAUCAAAUUUAGGCCUUUCUUUCUGGGUGUCGAUGUUUGAUUUGGUGAAAACUGAUGAUUCGGAUCACGGUAUCAUGAAAUGAAUCCUACGGAAAAGGGAAUGGUACGGGCUUGAUAGAUUCCUACAACGCCAUUCAAGUUUGUUGGAAAUGCUGUGGUAACUGGGAUUAUAUGUUCUUUAUGCCUAGAACUUGGGAUGCUCGUCAAUUUUCAUGCAUUCUAUAUGUAUAAGAUAUCUUUGCGUUCUUCGGAACCGGGAAUGAAACCUGCUAUGAACUGAGUUACUGGAUCAAUUUAUUCAAGUAGUGAGAUGCUCAAUGCAUCUUUGCAUGGCUCAUCAUAAGAGUGAGCUACGAUUUUGUGGUGGUACUUCAUGCCGGUUUGUUUGAUGAUCAGUCUGCAUUGCAUUGUUAAGUUUAUCAACAGUAGAGCUCUGCCUCCUUUCAGUUGUAUUGUAUAUUUUCCAGAUAGAUAUCUCUUGCAGGGUUCAUGAUGUGAAACUGAUCUGUGCAUGGCGCUAGUGCGAGUCUUUUUGGUUGACCACUGUUUAACCAUUCAAAUAGCAGGGAAGCUUGUGAAUACAGCAACAGAGUAAAGUCUUGGCAGCAAUCUAGCAAUGGACUCUGCUUCUCACACAACAGAAGCCUCUGAUCUCCCCGCUCAGGGGCCCAUCCAGAACCAUCUCAUAGCUCUGCAACAGAAUCUGGAGCAGUCACUCGUUGACCGUGAGCAGCAUUUCAAGCAGCUGGCUGCUGAAAUUGAGGCGAGGGCGAAAGCAGCAGCCGAGAAAGUGGCCUCCGGUGCAGCUGAGCUGCGGAAGGUUUUGGGAGUCGAGGACGUGACACCUGCUGGUACUCACUUUGGGAGGAAUCUGACAGGGAAUAUGGAUGACAUGCAAAGAGAAGGGCUUGUUGACGAUGGUUUUACCCCCCAGAAUCCUUUGGAGCAAUCUGUACAACACCACAGUACACAUCAAGGGAGGGUCACAGGCGUGGUUAGAGAUGAACAGAGUCGUCGGCAUGGGAGAAGUCGAGAUGGAAGUCCAACUAACCAUGUCAGGAGAACAAGGCUAGGCAGGGAUAGGUCAAUGGAUAGAACAAGAAGAGGAAGACACUCACACCAGGAAAGGAGAAGGAGCAGAAGCAGGGGACGAAGCUCACGCCGAAGCAGAAGCAGGGAGAGAAGAUCAUGUGUGGGAAGGCGGAGCAGAAGCCGAAGCAGGGAGAAGCAAUCACGUGUGGGAAGGAGAGGCAGAAGCAGGAGCAGGGGGAGGCGAUCACGUGUGGAGGAGGGCAGGAGAAGAAGCAAAGACAGGAGCCCACAUCACGAAAAUGGCCGGAACUCGGAUGUGAGCAGAAGCAGCAGGAAUGAAAGAGAGAUCAGCAUAAGGGAGAGGUCUCUCUCAAGCUCACGCUCUCGCUCUCCCAGGUAUGACAACAACGACAACCCUGUCUCCAGUAACAAGAAUGAUCCCUGGAAGGAGAGUAGGCAACUCCAUGAGGGUAAGCACCAGACUUGUCACACAGGUUGGAUGAAGUGGCCGAGUCUUCCUGAGGAUGGCACUACCUGACCAUUGGCAAUUUGCCAGACCAUGACUGGUUGAAGAUCUAAAGACUGCUAGCAACUUUUGGCAUUGCGCAUUUUGAAGCCUGUAUCAGAUCGCAGCACAGUUCUGUUAAGCUGAAUGCGGCCGAAUUUCUGAGUUUUUAACUAAAAGCUUGUAACAUUGUAAUUACUAAGAGCUAAGUUAUGUGUCAAGAGUAACGACUUCAGAAUUCCCUUGCACUACAAAUUAGGAAACACCAACUCUUCUGUAUCCCGGUACCAUGAUCUAUAUAUUUUUUUUUUCUUACUUCAAAUAAUAACCCGGUUUAGUCACUGGAUAGAAACCAAAGAGGUCAACAAACCAUAUAACCAGGU